CACGACUAGAAAAUUGUUUGACUGCAUCACCACCCGAGACGGACCUCAACAACAGCGUCGACUAGAAACCCCGAUCCCUCGAGACGCUUAAAUCAUGGGUAUCACCAGGUCGAGCCGCGGGAAGCGCUCUGCUUCCGGAGCGAAGCGCUCCUUUUACCGGAAGAAGAGAGCUUUCGAGGCAGGCCGCCAGCCUGCUAACACUCGUAUCGGCGCCAAGCGAAUCCACGUUGUCCGGACUCGCGGUGGCAACCACAAGUACCGAGCUCUUCGACUCGAGGCUGGCAAUUUUGCCUGGCCAUCCGAGGGCUGCACCCGCAAGACCCGUAUCAUCGUCGUCGCCUACCACCCUAGCAACAACGAGCUGGUCCGCACCAACACCCUAACCAAGUCCGCCGUCGUCCAGAUCGACGCCGCUCCCUUCCGCCAGUGGUACGAGGCUCACUACGGCCAGCCGCUCGGCCGCCGCCGUCAGCAGAAGCAGGGUGCCACCAUCGAGGAGGUCAAGAAGAGCAACUCGGUCGAGAAGAAGCAGGCUGUUCGUUUUGCCGCCACCGGCAAGAUUGAGCCCGCCGUCGAGAAGCAGUUCGAGGCCGGUCGGCUGUACGCCGUCAUCUCGAGCAGGCCCGGCCAGUCCGGCCGCUGCGAUGGCUACAUUCUGGAGGGUGAGGAGCUCGCUUUCUACCAGCGCAAGCUGCACAAGUAGAGGCGUGUGGGAGGCGAGGCCAGUGGACGAUGAUGAAAAUCUCGGGCGAAGGACGGUUUGCGCAUGGAAUGCAUUCGGCUUCUGGGCUGGUGUUGGCAGGGUUUUGCUUGCUUGCUCAUAUGAUGGCGGCCUUGUUGGUGGAGGCUGCAUCCAUGACCGAUGGAAGUGCACAUUUUCCAGCUGGUAGACCAAUCGGCAUAGGAACGGAAGGCUUAUAGGGUCACAAUGGAAAACAAAAUACCACCAUUUGUCAUAUCCGUCGUGAGGUCGAGUACAAUCAUUGAAUACGUCCUCCUUCAUUAAUGUACGCGCCUUUGCAAAAUUGAUCUGUAUAUCCUGCCACUAUCGCUAUUGAGCGUCGUAAAUAAGGUCCCCCAAGGCAUGAUGAGGGUACGAGAGCCGCUUGCUGCUUGCAAGCUCGAGUCUCUUUCAGAGAG